GCCGCCCUGCGCGAUGACGUCAGUGCGCCCGUGCGCGCUGUGGGAGGAGUGGGACCUUUGGACCGGGAGGCGCAGAGGCUCCGCAGGCCUCGCCCGGCCCAGCGAUGGAGUUUCCGGAUCUCGGGGCGCACUGUUCCGAGCCGAGCUGUCAGCGCUUGGAUUUUCUGCCGCUCAAGUGCGACGCCUGCUCGGGCAUCUUCUGUGCAGACCAUGUGGCCUAUGCUCAGCAUCACUGUGGAUCUGCUUACCAAAAGGAUAUCCAAGUACCUGUCUGCCCACUCUGUAAUGUGCCUGUGCCUGUGGCCAGAGGGGAGCCCCCUGACCGCGCUGUCGGGGAGCACAUUGACCGAGACUGUCGCUCGGAUCCAGCACAGCAAAAACGUAAGAUCUUCACCAAUAAGUGUGAACGCUCUGGCUGCCGGCAGCGGGAAAUGAUGAAACUGACCUGUGAACGCUGUGGCCGAAACUUCUGCAUCAAGCAUCGUCACCCACUGGACCAUGAUUGCUCUGGGAAGGGGCACCCAACCAGCCUGGCAGGACUUGCUGCCAUCUCCAGAACACAAGGUCUGGCUUCUUCUACAAGCACCGUCCCCAGCCCAAGUCAGACCUUGCCUUCAUCUACCUCUCCCAGCAGAGCCACAGCCCAGUCUCCAUCAUGGAUUGCCCCUCCAGUGAUUGCUUUGCAGAAUGGCUUGAGUGAGGAUGAGGCUCUGCAGCGAGCCCUGGAAUUGUCCCUGGCAGAGACCAAACCCCAGGUCCCAAGUUCUCAGGAGGAAGAAGACUUAGCUUUAGCACAAGCACUGUCAGCCAGUGAGGCAGAGUACCAACGGCAGCAGUAUGACUCCGGCCCAUGCUGAGCUUGGAAGUGAGGACUGCCCCCUCAUUUCCAUGACAUCACACCCUGUCUUCCCCUCCCCCUCUCCUUGCUCCAGGCCCAAAGCCGCAGCCUGAAGCCGUCCAACUGCAGCCUGUGCUAGGGCCUUGGGCUUGGGGAGGGAGGCUUAGCUGAGGAGGACUGUGGCCCUCACAUCUCUAAGGUCCACAGGGAGAGGAGGCCAAGAGCAGCCAGGAGUGAAGACGAGGAAUGACGCAAAGGCUGUUUCCAGGGAGUAUCAAGAGAAACAACUGUGGAACUCAGUCUAUAGAAGGCCCUGCUGGCCCUCCAGCUACGUGGGAGAUAGCAGCUCUGAACUGUUCCCUGGUUGGGCCCUCGGGGAUGCUGGCCAGGCCCCACUCAACUCCCUGCAUCAUGUCAUCCCCCUUACACUGGGGCUGCCUGCACCUGUGGGGACAGGGAGGGUCCUGGGAGGAAUAAAGGAUAUUGGUAGUUAAUAGCACA